AUGUCGGGGGAAGGCCCGGCCAGCAAACUGGGCUACACUCUGGCCAAGGGGCUGGGUAUCAAAAUCGCCUACCGAGACCCCUUGGGCGCAUCCAGCGACCCCGUCACUCGUGGCGAGUCGACCUUUUCUGUCGGCACGGUCGACACCUACUCGUACAAUGAACCCGAGCCCACGACCAUUGAAUGGAUUCAAGAAAUCACCCCCACCGGACAGCAGGUCGUGAAUUACUUCAUCAACCUCUUCCCCUUUUUACAAUGGAUUGGUCGUUACAACGUGCAAUGGCUGCUCGGUGAUCUCGUUGCUGGAAUUACGGUCGGUGCGGUCGUCGUGCCUCAAGGUAUGGCCUAUGCCAAGUUGGCGGACUUGCCCGUCCAAUUCGGUCUUUACUCGUCCUUUAUGGGUGUGUUACUUUACUGGUUCUUUGCAACUUCCAAGGACAUUACCAUUGGGCUGACCGUCUUCAUCUCACGACAGCCGGUGGCCGUCAUGUCUACUCUCACAGGUACGAUCGUGAUUGAUGUGACAGAGAAGCUUCCCGAGGUACCUCCCCAUGAGGUGGCGUCGACCUUGGCCGUGAUUCUAGGUGGCAUCGUUUGCUUCCUCGGUCUCAUCAGGCUGGGCUUCAUCGUGGACUUUAUCCCCUUGCCUGCCAUCUCGGCUUUCAUGACCGGUUCGGCCAUCAACAUCUGCGCAGGCCAAGUCACCACCAUGCUCGGCCAGACCACUCAAGUCAACACCCGCGGCGCCACCUAUAAAACCAUCAUCGACACGCUCAAGGCACUCCCGAGCUCUACCCUGGAUGCAGCCAUGGGUAUCACUGCCUGCGCCAUGCUGUAUAUCAUCCGAUCUGCAUGCACCUAUGCGGCGAAGAAGCAGCCCCAUCGGGCGAAAACCUGGUUCUUCAUCUCGACUCUGCGAACCGUGUUUGUGAUUUUGUUUUACACCAUGAUCAGUGCGGCGGUGAACAUCCACCGCCAGGAUCAUCCUGCAUUUGGGCUGUUGGGACAUGUGCCCCGAGGCUUCCAGAAUGCGGCCGUCCCCAAGAUGAAUCCAAAGGUGAUCAGUGCGUUUGCAGGCCAGCUUCCGGCUGCGGUCAUCGUGCUCCUGAUCGAGCACAUUGCCAUCUCCAAGUCCUUCGGACGUGUGAACAAUUACACCAUCAACCCUUCCCAGGAGUUCGUCGCCAUCGGUAUCAGUAACCUGCUUGGUCCCUUCCUUGGUGCCUACCCCGCGACGGGUUCGUUCUCGCGUACUGCGAUCAAGUCCAAGGCCGGCGUCCGGACUCCCUUGGCUGGUGUGAUCACCGCCGCGGUCGUCCUCCUGGCCAUCUACGCCCUUCCCGCCCUCUUCUUCUACAUUCCCAAAGCCUCCCUCGCCGGUGUCAUCAUCCACGCCGUGGGCGAUCUUAUCACUCCCCCCAACACAGUCUACCAAUUCUGGCGGGUCGCCCCACUGGAUGUCAUCAUCUUUUUCAUCGGCGUCUUCGUCACCAUCUUCUCGUCCAUUGAGACUGGUAUCUACUGCACCAUUAUCAUUUCACUAGCGGUGCUGCUGUUCCGGCUGGCCAAGGCCCGUGGUCAGUUCCUGGGCCAGGUCAAGGUUCACUCGGUCGUUGGCGACCAUCUCCUCGAUGGUGACGGCAAGUAUGGCUCCCUGGGACCCAAUCGGGCCUCGUCAAACGAUGAAGAUCACGCUCACCGAUCCAUCUUCCUGCCUGUCAACCACGCCGACGGCUCCAAUCCCGAAAUUGAGAUCGAGCAACCUCAUCCCGGCAUCUUCAUCUAUCGGUUCUCCGAGGGCUUCAAUUACCCCAAUGCCAACCACUACACCGACUACCUGGUACAGACGAUCUUCAAGCACACUCGUCGCACCAAUCCUGCCGCUUUCCGCAAUCCCGGUGACCGUCCGUGGAAUGACCCUGGUCCCCGCCGUGGCCAGCAGGUUGAUGAAGAAGAUUCCCGCCCCCUGUUACAAGCGGUCAUUUUGGACUUUGCAUCGGUCAAUAACGUUGACGUGACCUCGAUUCAGAACUUGAUCGAUGUUCGGAAUCAGCUGGACAUGUAUGCGUCCCCCCGUACCGUGCAAUGGCACUUUGCCCACAUCAACAAUCGUUGGACCAAACGUGCCCUGUCCGCCGCCGGCUUUGGCUUCCCUACUCCGACGUCGAGCAAUGGGUUCCACCGCUGGAAGCCCAUCUUCAGUGUCGCCGAGAUUGAGGGCAGCUCCUCGGCCGCCGCUCUUGCAGAGAUGAUGAACAACCAGCGCGAGACACAAUACCCCAAGGAUAUGGAGGCUGGUCACAAGGACCAGCCUGAGGUGGAGAAUCAUGGUAUUGAGACCUCGUCCACGCAAGACAGCUCACCCAUUCAAUCGGUCCACGAUGACAAAUUGUCGCGUGAUUUGACGUCCAGCAAGGCCUACAACAACAAUCGGCGCAAGGUCGCCAUCGUGCAAGGUAUGAACCGGCCGUUCUUCCACAUUGACCUCACGAGUGCUCUACAGAGUGCGGUGGCCAACUCUUCCAAUGAGAUUCCGCAUGUCUGA